AUGCCGGGAGCAAAGCGACACUGGCGACCAAGACUCCCACCCAGCCCCAGGCUGCCCUUGGCCCUGAUACUUCUGACCCUAGGGAAUGGGUGGGCCCAAGAGGGGGCAGAGCCUGUCCUCCUGGAGGGGGAAUGCCUGGUGGUGUGUGAGCCUGGCCGAGCUGCUGCAGGGGGGCCUGGGGGAGCAGCCCUGGGAGAGGCCCCCCCAGGAAGAGUGGCAUUUGCUGCAGUCCGAAGCCACCACCACGAGCCAGCAGGGGAGAUCAGCAAUGGCACCAGUGGGGCCAUCUACUUUGACCAGGUCUUGGUGAAUGAGGGUGGUGGCUUUGACCGGGCCUCGGGCUCUUUUGUGGCCCCUGUUCGUGGUGUCUAUAGCUUCCGGUUCCAUGUGGUGAAGGUGUACAACCGCCAGACUGUCCAGGUGAGCCUGAUGCUGAACACGUGGCCCGUCAUCUCAGCCUUUGCCAACGACCCUGAUGUGACCCGAGAGGCAGCCACCAGCUCUGUGUUACUGCCCCUGGACCCUGGGGACCGAGUGUCCCUGCGCCUGCGUCGGGGGAACCUACUAGGGGGCUGGAAAUACUCAAGCUUCUCAGGCUUCCUCAUUUUCCCACUCUAA